UUACAAGUGUUCGCAAUGCUCCUACAAUGUCAGUCGGAGGCAUUUGCUGAAUCAACACCUCAGCGUCCACGGCCUGCCGCCCGUCGGCCUAUGGACGGUGAUAACUACGCGUCCGAUUCGGAUGCCAUCGGGUCGGAAGCCGAAGCCGAAGCGGAAGCCGCCGAGGCCAUUGAAAUGGCGGACGACGAAGUGAUGGUGGCCGCUGCUGGAGAUCAUUCGCCCACGCCCGUCUCGGCCUGCUCGUCUUCCUCGGCUGUCGCGGCCGCAUCCAGCAGCGGAAUCGGCUCGGAAGGUUACACCCACCUGGGCCUGGAUCCCAACACGAUCGCCCGUCUGCCGGACUCUGCCACGGUUUCGCUGCUGGACAUUCCGCUGACGUGGGUGUCGCGGAGGACGAAAUUUUACAAAAUGUUCAAGUGCCGCCACUGCCCGCACGUCAACGUCCGCAAGGCCAACAUCCAGGAGCACGAGAAGAGACACCAGACCAAGCCGGGCAGCAGCGCCGCCGGAGGCGGUGGCGACAACAUGCACGCUUGCUCCAUGUGCAAUUACCGGUGCAACAACGCCGGCGUCUUGUCGGCCCACGUCAAAGUCCACCAGAACGUCCUGGGCAUCAUCCACGCCCUGGCCGAUCCUUCGAGAUCCGACGAGGAGCAGUUGCGCCAAUUGGCCGGAGUGGCGGGUUUCAAAACGCGGGGCGAAGCCUCGGCCCUGGUUGGAAAAGAAGCGGAAGAAUCUUGUUCGUCGCUUUCGUCGUCCGGAAGUGCCGCCCCUCAACCGAAAUUGGAUUUGCUGCUGGGUCGGGCCGGCGAAGACGCCAAAGGUGGCGGCGGGAAAAAGUUACACUUUUGCGCUCACUGCCCGGCCCGUUUUCUGGUCGAGACGGAGCUCCUGAUUCACACACACACACAACGCUUUCACGGAGUCAAACUGGCCUUCCGCUGUGACGUCUGCUCUUAAACGGCCCGCGCAAGAGAACCACCUGCUGGCCCACUGGAUGGUCCACAGUCGCGAAUAUCAAGAGAGAACCAAGAGGCGCACGCUGAAAUCGACGGCGGCCCGGAGAAGUACGUCAAGAGCGGGAGCACGUUGAAGCUGACGUGCCACCUGAGACAGAGCAGCG